AUGUCUGUCAGUCUGGGUCUCUGUCUGUCAGUCUUCUGUGGGUCUCUGCCUGUCAGUCUGUGGGUCUCUGUCUGUCAGUCUGUGGGUCUCUGCCUGUCAGUCUGUAAGUCUCUGCCAGUCUGCAUGUCUCUGUCUGUCAGUCUGUGGGUCUCUGUCUGUCAGUCUGUGGGUCUCUGCCUGUCAUCUGUGGGUCUCUGCCUGUCAGUCUGUAAGUCUCUGCCAGUCUGCAUGUCUCUGUCUGUCAGUCUGUGGGUCUCUGUCUGUCAGUCUGUGGGUCUCUGCCUGUCAGUCUGUGGGUCUCUGCCUGUCAGUCUGUGGGUCUCUGCCUGUCAGUCUGUAAGUCUCUGCCAGUCUGCAUGUCUCUGUCUGUCAGUCUGUGGGUCUCUGUCUGUCAGUCUGUGGGUCUCUGCCUGUCAGUCUGUGGGUCUCUGCCUGUCAGUCUGUAAGUCUCUGCCAGUCUGCAUGUCUCUGUCUGUCAGUCUGUGGGUCUCUGCCUGUCAGUCUGUGGGUCUCUGCCUGUCAGUCUUCUGUGGGUCUCUGUCUGUCAGUCUGUGGGUCUCUGCCUGUCAGUCUGUGGGUCUCUGCCUGUCAGUCUGUAAGUCUCUGCCAGUCUGCAUGUCUCUGUCUGUCAGUCUGUGGGUCUCUGUCUGUCAGUCUGUGGGUCUCUGCCUGUCAUCUGGGAGCAAACGUAGGAUAUUUCUUGAGUAUUUCCCUGAGAGUGGCUGA